GGUUACUAGGGCGGGUCUCCUGGGCCUCUGAUCGCACCUUGCCAGGGCCCGAGAGUGCCUCGGGUGCUUUCUUUGGGGACAGUAUCCCUAGGGAAGAACCGCGACCUCAUUUCAGCCUUACUUCGCUGCCUGAAUUCUGAGGAAAAGGAAAGGGAAGACGAAAAACCGUAGUUGUGAAAAACAGCGCUUAUUAUUAAUCAAAAUGCAAAAGCACCCAAAACUACUUCGAAGACCCUUGCCUCCCAAGCUCCCCAAGCUGCCUUUGUAUAAGAUGAAAGUCCAUACAGCCAAGACCAUUGAAACUAAGCCACCAGGUAUAGAGUCUACUGAAGAUGAAACCACUUCAUUUCAAAGAGAUGAAACUGCUUUUCCUGAUGUUGUUUCUAGAAACCAAUCACACGCCCCUAUCAGUGUCCAAACCCUCUCUCUUGACCGUCCAAUACAAGAAAAAGCAACUGUUCUAAUACCAAAGCAACCUUUUCAGAGGGUUUAUAUCCCUCUUCCAGAUACUGCUAUUUAUUCCCUGUUUAUUCCAACUUGUUGUUUAACUUCAACUCAAGUUUUUGGGAAAGACACAAGCCAAAUGGAAAGUUCGAGAAGUUCAAAACAAGUCCCAUACAAAAUAAAAAAGAUUUAUGUUGAUAGCAGAGUAAAAGACGCCUUAAUUCUUUCUUCAGCCUUCACCAAGACUUCAAGAAUCCCUUCCUCUGUUACCACUUUCAAACCCCAAGAAGUUCACUCUGAGUAUCCACCUUUACCAAAGAUCUUGGGAUCUGCCCUUAUCAGACAGCCCUCCCCAGUGGGUUUCCAUGCAGCGACGCCAAGUCCUCUACCUAGCAUCCUGUCCAUCAAACAAGAAAGACCAUUUAACCGUACACAGCAAAAUACUGCUGCGACACUAACUAUUAAUGACUUUCCAGCAAAAAUUUCCCUACCGUCACCAGUUUUACCAAGAAAACCUCAAAGACAGUCUCUGCUAGAAAUGCUUGUAGCAGAACCUGAAAAUGUAGAAAACAUCCGACAGCCAAGCCUACCAGCUAAACCUAAAGAUUCCAUUAAAACUAAAAGAAAUGAGUCACUGGCAGAAGGUAUAUAUGGAGACAGUUAUAAGACUAUUGAGGUAACACAAUAUGAAGCAAUUAUGGCCAUAACCAAAAUGGCCAUAAUAAACUGUCAAAUAUAUGGAAGAAAUGCACUUAAUCUUAAGGGCUUUUUCCUCCUGAAUUGCCCAGACUUAACACCUUUGGCUUACCAAUUGAUGUAUCUUAAUUUGUCAUUUAAUGAUAUACGUUACUUUCCCACAGAAGUAUUUUGUCUUAAAAAUUUACAAAUACUGAUACUGAGAAAUAAUCCCAUCAAAGAAAUCCCUUCUGAAAUUCAACAACUUAAAUACCUUAGAGUUUUCAGCAUUGCAUUUAAUUUGAUUACUUCUCUUCCACCUGGGUUGUUUUCCUUGGCCUAUCUUGAGGAACUUGAUAUUUCCUACAACGAUAUUGCUUCUAUUCCAAAUGAAAUCCAGAAACUCAGGUCACUUGAAAAACUGAUUUUGGAUGGGAAUGAUAUAGUUGCUUUGCCAUCUGGAAUUCUGAGGCUUAACCUGAAAAAAAUUCAGCUUGAGAAUACUUUCACUCACCCUAAUUUUUGGAAAGAGAAUUCUUUGAAUACUCCAUGGCGUCUUGUUGAAAUUAUUUCUUUUUAUAUUGUCAAAAAUAAUCUACGUAUGUACUAUCAUGCAAUCCCACGGGAUGUUCAAAAGAUACUACAAAGAGCUUCCAAAUGUGAAUGGUGCUUUGGUCCCAUGUUUGCUGGAGGUUUUCGCAUCAUCCAAUCUUGUGAUAUUUUUGGAGUAACACAACUUCCUGUUAUGUUUCAUGUCUGUUCUUCUACUUGCUAUAGGAAAUUAAAAGAAAACAAUUUGGCUUUAAAUGCUACUACUAGUAAAAAAUAACUUCAAGUUCUGUGUUGACAUAAGAAUGGUACCAUGAUUUAUCAUUCCCAGUAUAAAAGCCAAUAUAGUUUGUGUAUAUAGUAACUCAUCUCUUUGAGAAUACUGAUUAUGUAUGGAAGUCAUAAUUGUCUUCUCACAUGAAUCCUCUUUGUAAUCCUAGUACCUUUGAAAGUUUGUGACUGUUAGCAAAUUGUUGCAGACUGAUGGCUCAAGAGGGAGUUUGUAAGGUCCCUUGGAUCUUGUAGGGACCCGAAAAUCUAGAAAAUUUAUUUCGGAGUAGGUUUACUGUAAAAAGAAAAGUGUUAUAAUCUCCUUUGCAAAACAGUAUCAUAUUUUACAGCUUACAACUGGUCUUCCCAUGCCUCCACUGUAAGUGACAAGAUAGUAUUCAACAUGAACAUUGGGGUUUAUGUCUCCUGUGGGUUCAGAGUCGUGCAUCCAAGUUCUCAAUGUUUGUGCAUUUCUGUGAGAACCUGUCCAGUGCCAGUCAUCUUCAUUGUGCAGUGCUUUAGGGAAUAAAAGAUUAAUUACAGUCCCAUUUUUAGUUGUUUGAGUUCAUUACCCAAGCUCAUAGGAAACUGCUACAAUCCUGAACAGUGACCUUGACCCUUGUCUCCUAAAGCUGAGAUCCUGGGCAUUAGCCCCACUUCCGUAGGCUAACACCAGCAUUCUCCAAGGCCUUUAGUGAUAGCCUGACAAGACAGUAGAGUAAAACUCACAAAAUUACACUGCAAAGCAACAUACACAUACAGUAGAAUUUGAGGCUUUAAGAAUUAAUGUUUGGUAAGAGGUAAAAAAGCAUUGUGAUAUAACAAAUUUAGAAUGGCAUAGGAUUGUUUCAUACAGGGAACACCUUUUAUGCAUAGUUAAGUUAAAUUUAAAAUGUCAUUGCUAAUAAAAAUUGAUGAAAACAGAAGAAUAUAUGGGAAAAAUCUGCCUAUUGCACACAAGGGAUUAUAAUUAAUAGGAAUAUAUUACU